AUGCGUGAUAGUGCCGUAGGUCACAUCAAGGAGGAGGAGGAGGAGCCGUUUCAGACCGACUCUCAGCCCAUCAGUCCGCCACUUCACACAAGCAGACACACACAAAUGGACGAACUGCGUGGACUGAGUUGGGGCGUCGAUCAUCAGCCUUCCAAGUCACGGCGCUUGACACGCCGUGAUAGCCCCAGACUCAAGUCACACAUGCAACUGAGGAGCCGCAUGGAGACGGAGUCAAGGCGCACAUUUCCCACUUGCGCAGGAGGUGGCAUUUGGGUGCUUGCAGUGGGAGAUUUUGAUGUGCGACGUGGCGCUAGUGAGGGAGGAUGUGUUGGUGUGGCGUAGCCGGCGGUUUCUACCGCAUGUUCUCGUGGAUACGCAUGUGGCCGGAUAAGCCUGUGCAGUGUAUGCGGACAGUGGAGGCGAGUGCGGAGGGCGUAGGUUGGUAUUCCAGGCACAAGUUCGCCAGUCUCUGAGCGGUUGAUUCACAAGUGACCGACCAGGCCGGUGCGUGAGGCGAAGGUACGGUCGCAAUGUGGACAGAUGCAGACAAGGUCCUCAUCUCUGGUGUCGACAGUAGUGGUGCUGGUGUUUGUUGGUGUGUCAGGGUUGUGUGUAAUGUUGAUGUGCGUGGCAGACACCACAACGGCAGACGUUGAGGCAGUUGAGGACGGGGAGAUGGAGGGGGAGGAGGACGAGGAUGGAAGUGGGGGUUCGGGGGCGGUCAGUGUUCGUUGACGGCGUCGGAGGUGAGGCAGAGGUGGACGGAGAGACGACGGUUGGUGCAGUGCUGCAGUUGCUCAAGAGGUGUCCAACAAGUCCAUUUGGCGCUCAGUCUGCCACUCCGUACAAACACUCACACCACUGGGCAGACUGCGUGGACUGAGUUGGGGCGUCGGUCAGCGGUCUUCCAAGACACGGAGUUUGACGCGCCAUGAUAGUCUCAGACUCGGAUUACACAUGCAGCAGAGGAGUCGCAGUGAGACUCAGCCGAGACGCACACUUCCCACUUGCGUGAGAGGUGGCACCUGAAUGCCUGUGGUGGGUGUUAAUGUUGUGUGAUGUAGGUGAGGAAAGAUGUGCUGGUGUGGUGAAGCCAGCGGUUGUCUACCGCAGGUUUUCGUGAGUGCGCUGCUUAUUAUUUCGCAGCAGCUGACGGAUUUCAUGUAAUGCGUAAUAUCAGCCCUAAGAGGGAGCAUGAAAAACUAUUCCAAAUACUUUACUCAAAAUUCCCUCAUUAAGCAUCGAGAAAAUUAGACAGAGAAGGAGUCCUUUGUAGACGUCUUUAUGGCGCCCAGGUAGGUCAGAGUUAGGCGUAGCUCCCUGAAAUUUGCAAGUUGUCACUGCCUAGGCAUGCCUCUUUUUGAUUAUUUAUUCCGUAUGGGAGCUGCAAUUUGCUCCAAAGUACCUGAACAUGUGAACCGGCAGGUCGUGGACAGUAUACGGUUGAUGUGAUACCACAAGAAAUUUUUGUAAGUAGAGUUGUCAUAUUAUUUUUUAGCACGCGAGGAUCCCGACUUAUGAAUGAGCGUCUUGUUGACCGCCUCAAAAACCACAUUACGCAAAAAUGACUACUUAAUUACUAUGAAUGUUUCCUACGGACUUCCUAGGCCCCUACAAAUUACAUCAUAUUUUAUGAGAAAUUUGCAAAAAAAUACUAUUUCUUGCACUCAUUUGGCAGUCAAUUACAUGUUUUCCAAUUUUAUGCUUAAAGAAAAUGUACUAUCCGGUUUUUAAAAAUCUUUCUAACCCCUGAAAACCUUUUUGUUCCAUCUCAUAAAUAGGAGCAAGAUAUUAUUUUGAACAUGAUAUCUAAAGAAGACGGAAUGUAAUGGUAGAAGGGUACUCAUCGGUCGUCUCUACGGAACUCACUCGUCCCGGUGUGCCUUAGGGCUCUAUCUUGAGUCCAACUGGCAGCCGCACAGCGGCGCAUGCUAUAGGCAGAAUGGUAUUGGCCCAUAAUGGAAUGGCCAUUUCUGGCUUAUUAGCCGUCGUCAGCCAGUCACACCCAAACCCGAAGUGUGGAACACCCGGGGUGCGAUCCUGCGACCUGUCAGUUAGAAGUCCAACGCCUCUAACCACUGGGCCACGAGCCCGUUGCCCUGUCGGUUUUUUGGAUUGGGAAUAUACACUGGUGGGGGGCGCUCACUGCCUAUAUCAUGCGCCGCUGUGCGGCUGCUGGUUGGGCUCGGGAGAGAGCCCUUAAGGCACAACGGAACGAGUGAGUUCCGUAAGAACGAUCGGUGAGCGCCCCCUACCAUUGUAUAUUCCCGAUCGAAAACUGACAGGGCAACGGGCUCGUGGCCCGGUGGGUAGAGGCGUGGACUUCUAAACCAACAGGUCGCGAAUUCGAGGCUCGGGUGUUCCACACUUCGGGCUUGGGUAUGGCUGGCUCCCUUGUAAUUGUCGGUAACAACAUUCUGCAUAUAAGACGUAAUUUGCUGCCAAAUUAAGUAAAAUAAAGAACAUUUUUUGCAUGGUUUCUAUAAAAUAUAACCGAAUUUAUAAGGGCAUCGAAAAUCAGUGAGGAACAUUCAAACUAAUAAAGUGGUCAUUUUUUAGGUAAUGCAGUUGUCGCAGACGACGAAACGAAAUUCCUUCGAAAGCCGGAAUCCCGACGUGACUGAAAUAUCUUGUGGUUGACUUUACAACUCUAUUAAGUAAUCUUCUCGAAUCGGAAACAUAUUCCAGAAUUCGAUAAACAUUUAAUGAGAUAGUCAGGCUGCUGUACUUAAAACGUGCUUUAUCAACAAAGGCAAGGAUAGAGAGGCUGAAAUGGCCAUUUCUGGCUUAUUUGACAUCAUCAGCCAGCGAUAUUGCAGUCCCACACUGCACACCCGAGAUUCGAACCCCGAGUCAGUCCAUUGUCGUACAACGCCCUUACUACUGCAACCAAGCGCUUACACUAUUUCGACUGAGAUCGAAACAUUUGGGCUCGUGAGAGUGGCGCCCACAGAGAUACCCUGAUUUGCAAAACGAAAAUUGCCAUUUCUGAUUUGCCUUGCAGAUGAGGGCUUGUGUGGACUGGGGAUGGCCAUUUCUGCCUGCAGGCUGCCAAACUCCCUGUUCCCUGGAAAGCCCUCCCGAGACAGCCAGCGUUCCCGACCGUGAUCAGCAGAACGACGCACCCGCGGCCUGGGACUUAGGAAUGUCCCGUGGCCAAAGGGUCCAGGUUCGAGUCCUGAGCCCUGCAAACCUGGAUUUGGGAACAGACUGGCUGAUGACGACUAAUAAGCCAGAAAUACUCGUUCAAGUACCCUUUGUUCUUGCCAAUAAUCUGAUUGUGUGGGCACUGGAACUUACUGUUCGACUGUUUGUAGGACGCUAGAUUGGGCUCCAAGGCCCAAAGGGGAAAGCAUGCCACCUAAGCUGAUCGGUGGGCGCCCUGCUACCAUAGCUGAUAUACAGUAGUUGGGCUACUCACGAAAUGUCAACCGAAAUUCCGAAAUGCGUUUCCGUAUCGAAAAGAUUUAUUAAGUAGGGUUGUAAAAGUGGUCAGCCUGCAGCAUAAUUCUAUAAUAUUUAAGUUACCUCAGGAUGCCGGAUUUCAAAUGAACUCCCUUCCGGCUGCAUGCAAAACUACACUCUGUAAAAAAUAACUACUUAGGUAGCAUGCACUUUUCUCGUUGAUUUUCGAGUACCUUAAAAAUUCAAUUACAUCUCAUGAAAAAUGCGUAUAAAAAUACUCAUUAUUUACUCAUUCGGUAGGAAUUUAUGUCUUCCUCCAAUUUUAUACUCGAAGAAGGGACGUAAUUCGGUUUUAAGAAGUUUCUUAUUUUGGGACUUUUAAAUGCCGUGAAAUGGCUGUUGAUAAGUCGUCAUGAGUCUGCAUUUGCCAAUGUGUCCUAAUAAGUUAACAAUAUAUAUCAAAUCCGCUGCUAAAUUUUAUGAACUCUAUAUGACCGGCCUUUAUUACCGUAGAGAAAUGUGUGGUUUUCCGUAUGCGGCAUGCAGUUUGUAAACCCUGAAUCCAAGUGAAACGGCAGAGUGGGUUCAAAAUCAAAAAAUCAAAAGUUUAUGAAAAUCGAAUCAUACUUCUCUUUCGAGUAAAAAAUUGGAAGAAGACGUAAUUUUCUACCAAAUGAGCAAAAGAAUGAAUAUUUGUAUGCAUGCUUUCCAUGAAAUAGAAAUAAUUUUUGGGGCAUCGAAAAUCAAUGAUAAAAUUGCAUAUUAUGUAAGUAGUCAUUUUUUACAGAGUAUCGCUCUUUCAUGCAGUCGCAAGGAGGUCCUCUCGAAAGCCGGCAUCCUAAGGUAACUGAAUUAUUAUAGAAUCAUGUUGCAGGCUGGCUAGUUUCACAACCCUACCUAAUUAAUCUUUUUGAAAAGAAAGUGCAUUUCGAAAUUUCGGUUGACAUUUAUUGAGUUAGACCACCUACUGUGUUUGGUCAAAACCGACAGGACGACGAACACGUGAGGUAGUGCUUAGAAUGGUCGAUUUACUAAUCUAAUGAACCCACUUCUGGUGCUCACGCACCCCAGGAUUGAUAUGGCUGGCUGAUGAGGGCUAAUAAACCAGAAACGACCAUCUCCCUUGUCUCUGUUUAUCCAAACCUUCACAGGCAGUCAACGAACAGUAGCGAAUGUAAAAUUGCAACCGUUUAUUAGCCAGGCGUCGACCGCGGACGCUCUUUGAUUGGAAUGUAAGUGCACAGUCUGACAAUGGGGAGGUGGACGUUGAUAGGCAAGGCAAAGAUCACUAGUUCGGUUUAUGCAGCUACCGUGCGUUCUGUUGUCGGAGGGUUAGGUAACAAACAGUUGAAUUUGAUAUGGGAGACCAACUAAGCCUUUGGAGAUGACUGGCCGACACCAAGUCUGCAUCUAAGGCAACAGAGCUUGGCAUUUGUACUACUCGUCGACCUGAGAACAUCAUAUUCAACGGACUUCUGCAGACAAAUGACAAACUGAAUGCGAAUGGUAAACCCGGUGUCCUUCAUCUGAUCCCAUAUCGAACUUCUUCUGGCUAGUAUACGGAUGCGACUCAGGUAGGCGAUGCAGAGCAGUCCCCGCCGUCCAUACUCAUCCAAAACACCCCAGAGACGGACCAUGAAUCCAGCAGUCAGCCAACUCUUUGCUUUAAGCUCAAGGUAGCCGGUUCAGGAAAGUAAAGGAAACGACAGGGGUAUGAUUUGUAACUUCCUGGGAAGCCCGUAGUUAAAUAGGACCCUAACCCAACCAUGACCAUAGCUGUAAUGAGUAACGCUUAGUCCAUAUGCAUUUAAAGAAAACUUGAACGUGACCGCAACCUUAACCCUAUGCCUUAAAUCCGUAAGCCAAACCCUAAAACCCUAGCUCAAACUCCUGAUCCCAAUUCCAAACCCCAACCCUAGCCUCAACCGCAAAUCCAGAUCAUAAUCCAGGUCUGGCACCCUCGGCCCUGGGUAGAACCGAACUUCUAAUACUAAUCCUAAUCUUCAGCCCGUUCCGGGCAACUUUGAUGUCAAUUAUGCCAGUGAAAAUCAAAAUCUGCCUACCGCGUGAUUCCUUUGCCGAUCUUUUGCCAGAUACACUGUUAUGAAUCACAGAACAGCAUUACCGACAAAGAGAGGAGAGACUGGAAUGGCCACUUCUGGUUUAUAAGCCGUCGUCAGCCAGCCACACCUUACCCUGUGGUGUGCAAACCCAGAAAAUCGAUCCGGCGAGCUGACAGUUAAAACUCCAACGUACUAACCCCUGAGCCCGGGGGAUCGUUGUCUUGUCGGUUACGAUUGGGUGUAUUGACAAUGCUAGAGGGGCGCUCACCGAUCGUGCUACGGAGCUCACUCUUCCCAUUGUGGUUUGGGACCACACCAUACCUACCUAGAUAAGAUGAGAAGGUAAAUUUUGGAAAAAUUACCCAAAGGGGUUACAUACCCUAUCCUCACCAGGGAAACAUUUAGAUUUUUGCAUACAUCAUGCCUCGCUGCACAGUUGUCAGAAGCUAUUGGUGAGGUUGAAAACUGGGCUAGAUCGCAUUUGGUAGCCAGGAAUGGAGAAGCGGACGACGACCUUAACUCUAAUCCGAACAUUAACCCUAACUCUAAACGUAACCACAACCUUAAACGUUAACUGUUAACCCUAACGGCAACCCUAACCCUAACCUAAAUCGUAAACGUAAUCGUAGCCCUUAGAUAUAGCCGUAACUGGAAAGCCUAACCGUAAUACUGAAACCUAAUCGUACACUCAAACCCUAACUGUAACCCGAAAACCUAAGCCCAAAGGCAUAACCUUAACCCGAAAAUCGGAAACCAGUAGCCGGUACCCUAAUCCUAAACUCAAACGUAAAACGGAAGCCAAGUGAGUCAGAUGUGAUUAUGGAGCCCCACAAAAUAGCUCCCCGUAAACAAACCCCCGCCACCUGUAAUACGGGGCCUGGCUACCAAAUGCGAUCUAGCCGAAAACUGAACAACUUAGUAUAGUACUACAGUGAUCAGUAAGUUUACCUGCAAGAGAGUACUUAGGUCUAGCUUGUCCCCCGAUAUGACCCUGAAUAAAACCAAUCCCAGGUAGGCAAACCUGAGAUCUUAACUCACGCUCGACUUGUUUACAAUCCAACUGUCUAGAAUCGACAUAAGUGAAACCGAGCCGUACCGCCAUCGGAGGGAUUCAUCAUCAUACUGGGUUUCGCUAAUCCAUCUGAUCUCUGUCUAGGAUGAAAUUUGACUUUCCGUUUUACCUAGAAGUUUCCGACUUAAUGAUAAAGUUUACUGACAAUUUCGGUAUUUUGAAGCAUUUUUUCCCGGGUAUGAAUUGAAAACAAGCGUGUACAGCAGAAUUUAUUGGGGCCAAUAAAUUUCGUGACGGCUUUUCAACUGCAGCCCGCCUCUGCAUAACAUAGGUUACGAAUGAAAGCACACAGCAGUAUGAUUUUGUACAGAAUGGCAGUGCCUAAGAGCAAGGUCAAGGUUCAAGGCAAUGAAUAAUCAGAUAAGACGUCCACAUAUGCAUCAUAUAGGAAAGAGGGAGACGAAAUGUUAACAACAAAUCACAGUCAGGAGUAGCUUGAGGCGUGAGAUUACCAGGGCAAUUGCAGAUUGAUCACGUGAUCUAACUGCUUGCACAGGUCUGGUUUCUCCCUCCGUAUAUAGGCUGCUUCCAAAUAACGCAAAGUUCGAGUUGUAUGUGCUCGGACAAGUACUCGAAAAGAUGCUUUAGGGUCGACAACAUGACCGCUAUCUAACAGGUUUUUCGUUAUAGACGAACGGGGGGUUCUAUUUUCCUGUUUGAAAAGCCAAUUAGGCAAAUGCUCAGCGGCCCUGGUUGCCAAUUGCCUUUGCGUUCGCCCAAAGUACUUGCAUCCGCAAGUGCAUGUGAAUUCAUACACACAAGUUGGGGUGGCGUGCAUUGACAAGGCAUCCUUUGCCCGGUUAAUCGGAAGGCUUUUUGUGGAACUGAUGAAGAUAAGCUCUUCUGCGUUGAACGUUCUUUCUAUAGUGCAACGCAAGCAUCGCUUGAUUGUGUUUGAGACGUUGUCACCCUUAAAGGGUAGACAUAUUAUAACGGGCUUCUUUGGAACGGACUGUUCCGUCAACUUUGGCCGUAAAUGGUUGCUGUACUUCUGAAUGAAGCGUGCAGGAUAACCACGAUUAAGUAAGGCUUCUUUGAUACGGGCAGUUUCUGUAUCUAUGGUCUCCCUGGAGCAAAUAUUUCUCGCUCUUUGAAAAAGAGUAUGUACUGGAUUUCGUUUCCAUUGUAUUGGCGCAAAGCUUUUAAAAUGUAAGUAUUGCCCUUUCCACGUAAUCUUAUGGAAGACGGAGCGUCUUAUUGAACCAUCAUCCUCUCUAAACAUGAGGACGUAUAGGAAGGGUAACUUGUUAAACUGCUCCAUUUCCAUCGUAAAUUUGAUUUUCGGAUGCAAAUUAUUCAUCAGACAAAGUAGGUCGGAGGCGUUUUCCUUGUUGUCAACAAUCGUGGAUAUAUCAUCCACGUAUCUCCUGUAUAAUGUGGUCAUGUUUACUCUUGAUGACACCUUUUCUUCCAGGUAACCCAUAAAAACGUCGGCGAGGGUUGACCCGAGUGGACUACUCAUUGCGACUCCGUCAAUUUGUCUGUAGAGUUCCCCAUUAAACAAAAGUUUAACAUCUUUGGUACAAAGUACCAGCAGAUCGCGUAUUAUUUGGCAUAUGUGAUCUUCAAAAACCAUUUCCCAUUUGAUUGUUUGUUGCUGUUAAACAUCCUCGAGUCACAAGGUCCGCUAUCCUUUCUCCCAACGAGCCCUCAGUAAUUCGGAGAAUACGUUUACCCACUCAGCCCCUACCUGGGUAAAGAUACCGCCAAAAAUAAACCCGACAUCCUAAAAACUCGCGAUUUGCAAAACCUGCCGCAUAAGUCUUUAAUAGUGCGGUCUGGAAAACCAUAUUCGUCAAUGAACGCCAAUGCUAAUGCGGCAUUAAGGGCAUUAGGAAUAAUCAAAGCCUUCAUUUUUAGCUGGCUCAUGUCUCUGUUCAAUGUCAUCUUUCGCAAGGCAGGCGAGAAACAGUGUCUUCCCGCGGUCAUUGCCACCACCACCACCGCCGCUAACGCCGCCGCCGCCACCACCACCACCACCAUCAUCAUCGUUUCAAAUGAGGACUUCCGCAGGCCCUUUGUAGAGCACGUCUGA